ACUUUUAACAUGAUUUCCCCAACAGGAUUCUACUUAGUCAGGUUGAAAACGACGGAAUGAGCCCAAAAAACUUAACUAUGAUUUAUAGAUUUGAAUCAUAUUAGUGAGAUCGUGAUGAUGAGUUUGUCCCGGUGAUGAACGCGGUCCGUUCUGUUAGCUGGUCUGUCAUUAAGGAGGAGCGGUAGAAUAGUCUGCCUAUACUGGGUGUGGAAAUACUCUACCCAUACAGCUGGUCGAUGACUUAUCUGUUCUUCCAAUGACAGGGAAUAUUGAGCACGAAGAGAUUGAAAGCAGAGGAGGUCAAGACACGAGGAAACAGCGAGGAAAAACUGAGGACAAGUAAAGUGUUACCAUGGUGACACUGCGGAGGCUUCCACGCUGAAUCGUUCCAGAUCGUUCCAGAGCCCUGAGUGGAGUCAGAGUCUCCUGAUAAUUCUUCCUGGAUCUGCUGUAACCUUCUGGGAUGAAGAGGUUGCCCUGAGCAACACAGACGGGCACACACGGGCACAGACAGGUUCUAGAUGGAGUGAGACGGUCCGAUUUCAACCGAACCAAAGCACGACUCUGGCAGUGACAUCACCACCAUCAUGCUGCGACCAACUGAAGCACAUUGCUGAAGAUUCAGAAGAUGGAGGGAGGAGAGAGGAGGAGACAGAGGAUGGAGGGAGGAGAGGGGAGGAGACAGAAGAUGGAGGGAGGAGAGAGGAGGAGACAGAAGAUGGAGGGAGGAGAGAGGAGGAGACAGAGGAUGAGAGGAGGUGGUGGAGGGGUGUACAUGUGGCUGCUCCUGGUGUGUAUGUUGCUGGGGGAUGACCUGGGCUGGGUGACCCCUGGAGUUCAUGUUGGGGUCAAGGCUCAGGCCAAUGAAAGGAGAGUCCUGGCUCACAUUCCUGGUGACAUCAUCAUAGGAGCGCUGUUCUCUGUUCACCACCAACCUCCUGCAGACAAGGUCCAUGAGCGUAAGUGCGGAGCUGUCAGAGAGCAGUAUGGUAUCCAGCGUGUGGAGGCCAUGAUGUACACUCUGGACCUGAUCAACUCUGACCCUCACCUCCUACCCAACAUCACCCUGGGCUGUGAGAUCAGAGACUCUUGCUGGCACAGUGCGGUGGCUUUAGAACAAAGCAUCGAGUUUAUCAGAGACACACUGGUCUCCAACGAGGAAGAGGAGAGUCUGAGCCUGGGGAAAUGUCUGGGGGAAGACGGGAUAGAGAUGACCCCUGUUAGAGGGAAGAAACCCAUUGUAGGAUUGAUAGGACCAGGCUCCAGCUCUGUGGCCAUCCAGGUACAGAACCUGCUGCAGUUGUUCAACAUACCACAGAUCGCCUACUCUGCUACCAGCAUGGACCUCAGCGACAAGAGCCUGUAUAAGUACUUCAUGAGGGUGGUGCCGUCGGAUGCUCAGCAGGCCAGAGCCAUGGUGGACAUCGUCAAGAGAUACAACUGGAGUUACGUCUCUGCCAUACACACAGAGGGUAACUAUGGCGAGAGUGGUAUGGAAGCCUUUAAGGAACUGGCAGCUAGAGAGGGGAUUUGUAUAGCUCACUCGGAUAAGAUCUACAGCAACGCAGGAGAGCACAACUUUGACAAGCUGCUGGAGAAGCUGAGAGGACACCUGCCCAAGGCUCGGGUGGUGGCGUGCUUCUGCGAGGGCAUGACUGUACGGGGCAUACUGAUGGCAAUGAGACGGAGACAUCUAGUGGGGGAGUUCCUACUAGUGGGGAGUGAUGGCUGGGCUGACCGGUAUGAUGUGACAGAUGGAUAUCAGCAAGAGGCUGCUGGGGGAAUCACUAUAAAGCUGAAGUCAGCCUACAUCCCCUGGUUCGACGACUACUACCUGGCUCUGCAGCCAGAUGACAACACCAGGAACCCCUGGUUCACUGAGUUCUGGCAACACCGGUUCCAAUGUCGACUGAAGGGACACCCACAGGAGAACACCAAGUACAACCGCACCUGCAAUAGUAGAGAGUCUCUCCGUCAGCAGUAUGCCCAGGACACUAAGAUGGGGUUUGUCAUCAACGCUAUCUACUCCAUGGCUUAUGGUCUACACACUAUGCAGCAGAAAGUCUGCCCAGGAUACCAAGGUCUGUGUGAUGCCAUGCGGCCCAUCGAUGGUCGUAAGCUGCUGGAGUUCUUGAUGAGGACCAACUUCACUGGAGUCUCUGGAGAGACCAUCCACUUUGACCAGAAUGGAGACUCACCGGGCAGGUAUGAGAUCAUGAACUUUAAGCGUCUGGACGGUGGCGGUGGUGGUGACGGCGGUGGUGGUGGUGGGGAUCAGUACAGUUAUAUCCACGUGGGGAGCUGGGACCAGGGAGGGCUGAGGAUGGACGAUGAAGACAUCUGGGCUAACACCUCCACCAUUAUACAGUCUGUCUGCUCUGAACCAUGCCAGAAGGCACAGAUCAAGGUGAUCCGUAAAGGAGAGGUCAGCUGCUGUUGGACCUGUACUCCCUGUAAAGACAAUGAGUUUGUGUUUGAUGAAUACACAUGCCGCGCCUGUGACCUGGGGGCCUGGCCUACCGACGACUUGACAGGUUGUGAGCCCAUCCCGGUGCAGUACGUGCGUUGGGGAGACCCUGAACCCAUAGCAGCGGUGGUGUUUGCCUGUCUGGGGCUGAUGGCUACUCUGUUUGUUACCUCCAUAUUCAUCAGGUUCUACGACACCCCGGUAGUGAAGUCGAGCAGUAGAGAGCUGUGUUACAUCAUCCUGGCUGGGAUCUGUCUGGGCUAUCUCUGUACCUUCAGCCUCAUCGCCAAGCCCCAUGCUGCACACUGUUACCUACAGAGACUGGGCAUAGGACUGUCCCCUGCCAUGAGCUACUCUGCCCUGGUCACUAAGACUAACCGUAUAGCUCGUAUCCUGGCUGGCAGUAAGAAGAAGAUCUGUACCAAGAAGCCCAGGUUCAUGUCAGCCUGCGCCCAGCUGGUCAUCGCCUCUCUACUCAUCCUGCUACAGCUAGGAAUCAUAGUAGCUCUGUUCAUUAUGGAACCACCACAGGUGAUCUAUGACUACCCCAGUAUCAGUGAGGUCCAUCUGAUCUGCAACCUGACUACAGUCGGAGUAGUGACUCCUCUGGGUUAUAAUGGCCUGCUCAUCCUCAGCUGUACCUUCUACGCCUUUAAGACCCGUAAUGUUCCUGCUAACUUCAACGAGGCUAAGUACAUAGCCUUCACCAUGUACACCACCUGCAUCAUUUGGUUGGCCUUCGUCCCGAUCUACUUUGGCUCCAACUACAAGAUCAUCACCAUGUGUUUCAGUGUUAGUCUCUCUGCUACUGUGGCUCUCGGCUGCAUGUUCGCCCCCAAGGUAUACAUCAUGCUGGCAAAGCCGGAGAAGAACGUACGGAGUGCCUUCACCACCUCCACCCAGGUCCGCAUGCAUGUAGGGGAUGCCAAGACCGCCGCUAACGCUGCCAAACCCAAGACCAUGGCUGGACUCUUCAGAAGGAAGGGCUCUGAAGAAAAUCUCAGCUCCAACGGUAAGUCAGUGUCGUGGUCUCAGAAUGAGCGCAGCGGCUACAGACCCAACCUGUGGAAGAGGAUGUCCAUCCACAUCAAGAAGAAGGAGGAGGUCAACCAGACAGCCAUCAUUAAGCCCUUCUCUAAGGGGGCGGGCACUCCUGACCUCGCCCCCCCCGCCACGCCCCAACUUGGGGACAGGGGGGUCUAUGAUGAACCUCAGGGGGCACAGCAUUACCCACCUGGAACCUACCCCUGCCCUCCCUCGCCUCAUGUUGGAGCAUACCGCCGAUGUCCCUCCUCGCCCUCCCCACUAACCCUUCCCACCGUCAGCCAAAGGGUGGGAGGCUUCCUCCCCUGUCCCUCCUCACCCUCCCCACUAACCCUGCCCACCGUCAGCCAAAGGGUGGGAGGCUUCCUCCCCUGCCCUUCCUCGCCUCACGCUGGAACCUACCACCCAUGUCCCCCCCGGGGGCCUCAGGGGUCCCAGGACGGAGAAGAGGUCAGGGCUCUGCCAUCCUACAUGACAGAGAGGCCUCAGACAAGGGCGUGUGGCGGGGUGGGCAGGAUGGGAGGUGGUAAUAUUGGUUGUGGUGGUAGGGGUGUAGGUAUGGGGGGCAUAGGUGAUAUUGGUGGGGUUGGCAGUAUUGGUAAUACUGGUGUGGGUGAUUUAGACAUGGGUAUAGGUGUUGGUGGCAUAGGUGACAGGGGUAUUGGUGUGGGCACGGUGGGCAGUCAGCCCCAGGGUUCCACCAUCAUGGAUCAGAUUAGUUGUGUGGUGAACCGUUUCACUGCCAACAUCAGCCAGCUCAACAACAUGAUGCUCCCUGGGUCGCCACCGGAGGGUGCUGAAUCCCUUCCUCCGGGUCCAGGCCUCACCCCCGCCCCAUGCCCCCCUCCCUACAUCCUACCCCGCACCAGACAGCCAAAUACCACAGUCACCGCUUACGCUGAAGUAGCAGCCAUCGCCGCCUCUAACCAUGGCAACCCCCGGGUGGGCGGGUCGGUCGGUGUGGUCUAUGGUCCUGGGGGCGGGGUGUGUGGUACGGCGGCGGUGAGAACCACAGAGCUGCUGGAGGAGCUGGCUGCUCUGGCCCCUCCGUCACCGUUUAGAGACUCCUCCCUAGAGUUGCCUGGCGCCACGCCCCCCUCCCUGGCCUCAGAGUCUGCCCUGGGUGAGCCCUGCCCCCCGGGGAAAUAUGACAGACUGAUGCUACGGCACUACAGUCAGAGCUCCUCUUCCCUGUAAACUCCUCCUCCUCAUCCUCCUCUUCCCUGUAAACUCCUCCUCCUCUUCCUCCUCAUCCUCCUCUUCCCUGUAAACUCAUCCUCUUCUUCCUCAUCUUCCCUGUAAACUCCUCCUCCUCAUCCUCCUCUUCCCUGUAAACUCCUCCUCCUCUUCUUCCUCCUCAUCCUCCUCUUCCCUGUAAACUCCUCCUCCUCUUCCUCCUCUUCCCUGUAAACUCCUCCUCUUCUUCCUCAUCUUCCCUGUAAACUCCUCCUCUUCUUCCUCAUCUUCCCUGUAAACUCCUCCUCCUCUACUAGAGAUGUGUUCUGUGGAAUAAGAGGUUAGAAAAUGAAGUUUUGCAUUUGGAGAUUUAGUUGUGCACAGUUGGAGAAACAGGAAAUGAGAGGAGAGCAGUACAACAGUGCUGGAUGAGCUACACAAUAUUUACUCGACUUUAUUUCCUUUCCUUGGAUAAGAGCCAUAGUUUCUCCCCCCUGAGAGUGAUGGGGGGACGCCAGGAGGAGAGACAGGGGGAGGGUCUCAGUACAGCCUCAGUACAGCCACAGUACAGCCACGUAAAGACUGAAGGGCCUCAGGAUCACAGUACAGCCACGUUAAAGACUGAAGGGCCUCAGGACCGUAGUACAGCCACACUGAAGACUGAAGGGCCUCAGGACCGUAGUACAGCCACACUGAAGACUGAAGGGCCUCAGGACCGUAGUACAGCCACAGUAGAGCCACACUAAAGACUGAAGGGCCUCAGGACCGUAGUACAGCCACAGUAGAGCCACACUAAAGACUGAAGGGCCUCAGGACCGUAGUACAGCCACAGUAGAGCCACACUAAAGACUGAAGGGCCUCAGGAUCACAGUACAGCUUCACUAAAGACUGAAGGGCCUCAGGAUCACAGUACAGCCACAGUAGAGCCACACUAAAGACUGAAGGGACUCAGGAAAUCAACACUUAGUUUCCGAGAGCACAGAUGGACGACACAACAUGUGGAUUGUAAUAGUUCAGAGCUAGCUUCUCCUGGUUUAAGGCAUGGUAUCUGGACGCACUGACAGCUGGGCAGUGGGAGGAGCAAUCAUGACUAUGCCACAGCUACAUCACAACCUCGUCCAAUCAGCGGUCACUUCACCAGACUCACUGAGCGAAGACUCACUCAAAUUCAGGCAAGGACUGGGCCUCGGGCCUGUUCUUCUUCCGUUUUAGUCCCUGCUCAAAACAGUGACACUUCUUUCAGUGGAAAUCACUUCCCAGACAAAACCCCCGAAACCGCUACAUCCCUGGCAGUAACACUACAACGUGACAAUAAAUCACCUGACAUCUCUGGGUGGGACGAGUACCAGAGCAGUGCCAACAACUGUGAUGAAAGUUUACCAGAGCUACAUCAGGCCUGUCUUCUAGGACUCCUCCCCCAGCCUGGUUAACUCUUCUAGGACUCCUCCCCCAGCCUGGUUAACUCUUCUAGGACUCCUCCCCCAGCCUGGUUAACUCUUCUAGGACUCCUCCCCCAGCCUGGUUAACUCUUCUAGGACUCCUCCCCCAGCCUGGUUAACUCUUCUUGGACUCCUCCCCCAGCCUGGUUAACUCUUCUAGGACUCCUCCCCCAGCCUGGUUAACUCUUCUAGGACUCCUCCCCCAGCCUGGUUAACUCUUCUUGGACUCCUCCCCCAGCCUGGUUAACUCUUCUAGGACUCCUCCCCCAGCCUGGUUAACUCUUCUAGGACUCCUCCCCCAGCCUGGUUAACUCUUCUUGGACUCCUCCCCCAGCCUGGUUAACUCUUCUAAGACUCCUCCCCCAGCCUGGUUAACUCUUCUUGGACUCCUCCCCCAGCCUGGUUAACUCUUCUAGGACUCCUCCCCCAGCCUGGAUAACUCUUCUAGGACUCCUCCCCCAGCCUGGUUAACUCUUCUAGGACUCCUCCCCCAGCCUAGUUAACUCUUCUAGGACUCCUCCCCCAGCCUGGUUAACUCUUCUAGGACUCCUCCCCCAGCCUGGUUAACUCUUCUAGGACUCCUCCCCCAGCCUGGUUAACUCUUCUUGGACUCCUCCCCCAGCCUGGUUAACUCUUCUAGGACUCCUCCCCCAGCCUGGUUAACUCUUCUAGAACUCCUCCCCCAGCCUGGUUAACUCUUCUUGGACUCCUCCCCCAGCCUGGUUAACUCUUCUAGGACUCCUCCCCCAGCCUGGUUAACUCUUCUAGGGCUCCUCCCCCAGCCUGGUUAACUCUUCUUGGACUCCUCCCCCAGCCUGGUUAACUCUUCUAGGACUCCUCCCCCAGCCUGGUUAACUCUUCUUGGACUCCUCCCCCAGCCUAGAUAACUCUUCUAGGACUCCUCCCCCAGCCUGGUUAACUCUUCUAGGACUCCUCCCCCAGCCUGAAUAACUCUUCUAGGACUCCUCCCCCAGCCUGGUUAACUCUUCUAGGACUCCUAUACAACUACUACUACUGAUACUACUGAUACAACUACUACUACUACUACUACUACUACUGAUACUGAUACAACUACUACUACUGAUACUACUGAUACAACUACUACUACUACUACUACUACUACUACUGAUACUGAUACUACUACUACUACUGAUACUACUACUACUACUACUACUGAUACUACUACUACUACUACUACUACUACUACUACUACUACUACUACUACUACUACUACUGAUACUGAUACUACUACUACUACUACUGAUACUACUACUACUACUACUGAUACUACUACUACUACUACUGUUACUACUACUACUACUACUGUUACUACUACUGAUACUACUACUACUACUGUUACUACUACUACUACUGUUACUACUACUACUGAUGCUACUACUGUUACUACUACUGAUACUGUUACUACUACUACUACUACUACUACUACUGUUACUACUACUGAUACUACUACUAUUACUACUACUGAUACUACUACUACUACUACUGAUACAACUACUACUACUACUACUGAUACUACUACUACUACUACUGUUACUACUACUACUACUGUUACUACUACUACUACUACUACUACUACUGUUACUACUACUACUACUACUACUACUACUACUGAUACUACUACUACUACUGUUACUACUACUACUACUGUUACUACUACUACUGAUACUACUACUACUGUUACUACUACUACUACUGUUACUACUACUACUGUUACUACUACUACUACUGUUACUACUACUACUACUGUUACUACUACUACUAUUACUACUACUACUGAUACUACUACUACUACUGUUACUACUACUACUACUGUUACUACUACUACUGAUACUACUACUACUACUGUUACUACUACUACUACUGUUACUACUACUGAUACUACUACUACUACUGUUACUACUACUGUUACUACUACAACUACUGUUACUACUACUACUACUGUUACUACUACUACUACUGUUACUACUACUACUGAUACUACUACUACUACUGUUACUACUACUACUACUGUUACUACUACUACUGAUACUACUACUACUACUGUUACUACUACUACUACUGUUACUACUACUACUACAACCACUACUACUGAUACUACUACUACUGUUACUACUACUACUACUGUUACUACUACUACUGAUACUACUACUACUACUGUUACUACUACUACUACUGUUACUACUACUACUAUUACAACUACUACUACUACUACUACUACUACUGUUACUACUACUACAACUACUACUACUACUACAACUACUACUACUACUACUACUGUUACUACUACUACAACUACUACUACUACUACUACUACUACUACUACUACAACUACUACUACUACUGCUACUGCUACUACUACUACUGUUACUACAACUACUACUACUACUACUACUACUACUACUACUACUACUACUACUACAACCACUACUACUACUACUACUGUUACUACUACUACAACUACUACUACUACUGCUACUACUGCUUAAAAACUAUACCCCAACAACAGAAUGGUCUGGGUGUGUACCCCAACAACAUAAUGGUGUGGGUGUAUACCAGUCAAUAAAGAAGUAAACAGACCAUAUUAUAUUUAAAAACUUUGCUCACAAAACAGAUCAGUUGUUGUGCCACUUGCGAUGCACAAGCUGAGCAACAAAAAAAGAAGAAAUAAUUAUCUUUUUAAUUUGACUGGACUGAUGCUACCUGAUAACUAGACAGCUUCUUUAAAGUAUUGACCAGGUUGAUACGGAAUGUAAUACUCAGCUUCUCUGGUUCUGAUUCUCUAGAGUUGACUAACUAGUUAUCUGAAUGUACGUGAUUAUUCUUAUUGUUAACUAGUUACUAUCAGGCUGCUUCGCAAGUGGCACCAUGUUCCCUAUUGGUGGCAGCUACGUCUGAGCCCCCCAUAGUGGGAGGCCGCUACGUCUGAGCCCCCCAUAGUGGGGGGCCGCCUCGUCAGUUGAUGUAGACAACUAUAACACUCAGGAUGUGGUAUGAACUUUGAACCAAAAUACUCUACCUGCUCAUACCGUCUUACACACGUACACGCACGCGCGCACGCACACACACACACACGCACACACACACGCACACACGCACGCACACACACACACACACACGCGAUAUGUUAUUUGAUUCUCUGUGAUUGGCUGACUACCUCUAUGUGCUUCAGAUCUGCAUGUUGACAAUACUGUUUUGUAAUAGAAGUGACUCGUAUUUUAUAUAGAAAGGGAACAAUACUGUCGAUUUGGCUUUUUUUGUUGUUGUCAUAUCUUGUAAUAGGGCAAAUUGUUCAACUUUGUUUUUAAGCAUGUUGUAAUAUAUUAAGAAUAUGAUAGAAAUGUGCCAACAGGACAGCUUUGAAAAUGUAUUGGUUUUAUUCUAAUCUUUUUCCAUUUGGAAAUGAUUUUAUAUGUAGGCCUACAUAUGUAGGAUCUUAAUUUGAUCACCCUGUUGCAGGAUAACUUUCCUUAAAACGUGUAGUGUAUUUGAGGUUUUAAAAAGGCUUCAGAAGUUUGAUUUCCACUUUUAAAUUUCAGACUUGAUUUCUCCCUUACGAAAAAAUGUAUCACCCUCUUCAAAAAUGUACGUCAAUUAUAAUCCACAUAAUCAUUCACAUGUCCUGUUGCUGCAGGAUUAUUUUCCUGUUGUAAAAUAAAAAAAACUGGCUCAAAUUAAGAUCCUGCAUCUGUAGUUAGUUGGUACGGACUUUGAUAGCAAUAGCCACAAAUGCUACAGUAUUUUGGCCUACUGUGUAUUACACAUAGUCCUGGCAUCUGUUCCAGGAUGGAGCAAACGGCUAGAUCAAACCUCCUCUCUCAUCAUGUCUUUCUGUUUACAGAGCAGAGAGGAUGUUUAUUAGCCUGAGUGCCAGAUCUGUUUGUGCUAUCACGUUAGUUUGAAGGGUAAGCAGUGGAAAUGGCAUGAGCACAAACUGAUCCGGGAACCAGGCUUAUGUGUUGAUAUGCAGUAUGUUUCAAUGAUCGAUGAUAAUCAAUGAUCGCUCUCGUAUCAACUCUGAGGCGUGUACGGUAACAGAACAUACAGGAUGUUUAUAUUCUAAUUCCGAUACUAAUCAAUGUGUUAUAAUCAAUAAUCCGUAUUGGAUCUGAGUGAUACCUGGUGGUCUUAUCAAUGUGUGCAUGCUGAUCUGUGCCAAUAGCAGAUAUCCUAGAAACUUGUUUGGAUAAUAACUUGUCUGUAUCAUUAUUUUAUACCGUUUAUUAGAGAUCUCAUCUCUCUUUUUCUAUCUCUCUGCCUUUCUGACAACAGACCUUUAGAACAGGGUUUCCCCAACUUGUGGCCCGCGGUUGAUUUUAUUUAGCCUGACAAGUUUUCUGAGCAAAAACGAACGUUUUAUUAUUAUUUGCGAACAUUUUUUUUUUAAUUAUUAUUGUUGGACGUAAAAGACUGUAAAAACAGCAGGACAUCAGAUCCUAGUGAUUUUUUUAUUUAAGAAAUCUGUUAACCAAGUCCUCCCACGCAUAACAAAGAAGAUAUAUGUGAUCUUAUACAAAUGUAAGUAAAGUUUGAAAUGAUUUGUAAUUAUGUUGCUGCCCACCGACCAUCCUCUCAAGAAAACAUCGGCCUGAAUCUAUUUGAUGAUAGAAUAUAGAGUUGUACCUUUGAAUGUUUACUACAGUACUGGUUAUUUCUAUUAGAAUUCAUAUUAAAACUGAGGAGUGGAUCUUGUAA